AUGUUCCCAAACUUCAAAUCACCUGCAGAUCAAGACACUAGGAUCGAUGUAAGCGGUCAUCAGCCCCUCCAUCCCAAUAUCCCUACCAAGGCUUUUGAUGUGGUUGUUCUGAGGAAGAUCAGAGAGCUCUAUGUGCUGAUAGUUGCAGACUCCACCAAGGAUACCUCAGCACUGAGAAUGAUGAAUAAACCCGACUCAUGUGAACACCCUGUAGCCUCAGAAGCCAACAGAACUAUUAACAUAGCUGCUAAUCCCCACAAAAGCAAGAUGGAUCAUUUAGUAAUCACUGACACAUUGCAAACAGAAGCAUUAUACAGGGGGCAGCUUUCACAAAGGUCUGAACUUGAAUCCCUUCCAAAAUCUGCAUGUUCCCUUUCCUACAAAGGCUUCAAGCCCAGAGAUUUGGAUCUACAUACAAUAUGGGAAAAGCCAGUUAGUCUAAGUAAGCCAGGUUUACCACUGGAUGUAAAGAGUGAGGAAAGCAGAAUUUUGUUACAGAAGCUUUGGCAUCAAGAAGCAUAUCAGCCUGCAUGGAGAUCAGAGGACAGGCCAUGAGAGACAGCACUGCCUGCAUGGAUCUCUAGCUGUGAGGUUCCUUGACGCCAGACAGCACUGCUGGAGCUGUAGCAUUCAUUCUCAAAGACAGCAGCACAAAAACAUUUUCAUGAUUCCAUAAGAGAGACAAAAUACUUCAGAGGUAACAGUACUAAGGGAAAGAGACAUAAAUUCUAUGGUUUCAAUGAUUUUUAUUUCUUUAACAAACAUGUUCCUUUGUCCUUUAAAAAUAGAGUAACAAAUAAAAAGUACCUCAAUACCAACCAUCCGUCCUUUCCUAGAGAACCACAACAAAUUCAAACAGUAAAGAGAAGAGCAGCUAGGGUAGCCUGGGCAUGUGCAGCCUAUCUGAGAAGACCAGAAGAGACUGUCUUUCUAGAGGCUGUGAAAACGUGA